AUGUUCGGCAACGGCGCGGGACAGGGACCAGUGAACCCGACAGACUUCAUCUGGGCCGUGUCGAGCCGCCUUCCAGUGGUCGAAGAAGCCUCGCCGGACCGGAGCACGACGAGCGACCCCUCUCCCGUCGCUAUGGACCCAUCGCGCCCGCGCUCGCAGAACCAGGGCCGCACAGUGAAAGUCUCCUGGUACAGGCCGCAUGGGAAGACGGCUAUCGCCCCCGGUCUGAAGAAGGUGACGCUGAAAGUGCGCGUGAACACGCCGUCUGGGGAGGCAACGACUCCCUCCGCUGCUCUGAACGGAUCCGCGAGUGAGCUCUUCGCGCCCGAUGGAUUCCCAGCGACGCCAGUGAUGCUGCACCUCCUGGACGUGUUCCGGGUGCAUUUUGGCGCGCAGUUCCCCCUCGUUGCGGAGCUGGGUCUCGAGGCGGGCGUGGAAAAUCGCACAGCAAGCCUCUUCCUCCUCCUCGCCAUUGGGGCCAUCGCGGCGCGGUUCAGCAAGCAUCCUCUCGUGGCCUUGCCCGAGCUGCAGCCACACGAGUACGGAAAGGUCUUCUACGCGCGCGCAAAGGCCAUGGUGGGGACCAUGCUCGGCUUCCCCUCCCGGGAGGCGAUCAUCGCAUUCGUCCUCCUGGCGCACCUGGGCUUCAGCGAGGACUCCGAGAGCGAGGUGUGGAUGUUCACGGGUCUCGCAGUCCGCAUGAGUGUGGAUUUUGGGCUGCACCUUACGCCGCCGCCGGAAUCCGCCAUGAGCGAAAGAGACAGGAGGCUGAACAGGCUCACGUUCUGGUCCGUAUUGCUCAUGGACUAUGCGCUGUCGUUCGGCGUGGGGCGGCAGACGGCCUUCCGGCCCGAGGACAUUACGCAGACCCUGCCUUCCGAGGACGACAUUAGCGGUGCUGAGGGUGCGAGGAGUCCCUUCCCGUACGCGGCGAGGAUGAUGCUGAGCUACGGACCGCUCAUCAAUGCCUUGAACCGAGGCUAUGCCCCGGGCUAUGGUGGCACAAAGGUCGAGACGGCCCGCGCCGCGGCAAUCAAGGAGUACGCCCGCCUCCCCGCCGACAUGCAGUGGAACGUAGGCAAUCUGCAGGCCCAGAAUCGCGCCAGACAGGGGAGUAUCUUCCUCCACUUGCAUCUGUGGAUGCACACGAUCCUCGCGUCCGAGUAUCUGACGGGCACGGACCUGCUCGCGCGCCGGCCAGGCAAGGGCUCGGGCUCGGGCUCGGGCUCGAAACCGCCCUCGGCCUCCAGCGACGGAGGGAAUCUACACCCGUCGAGCGCUGAGCGGACCGCAAAGGAGGUUCGAGAGAAGGGCACCGAGAAGGGCACCGAGAAGGAGAAAGAGAAGGGCGGACUCAGCGUUAACGGCACGAGCGUCGGCGCCAUGACGCCCAACACGGCCGCGGCGAGCAACCUCUGGCGCCACUCUGUGCGCACAAUCGGCGACAUUCUCGUGCUCUCCGACAUCAUCAACCCCUUCAUGUACUUUGCCCUGCCCUUCGUGAACCAGGCAUGGUUCGUCGCAGGGUGCUGCUACGUGAAGGAGAUCGAGGAGGCGCGGGCCGGACUCUCCGCCGCUCCGUCGCGCGCCGCUUCGCCCGUGCCCGAGAUCCACGUGUCAGAGGCACUGGACCUCCGUUCGGCAGCUGUAGAGUCCACAGAGGCGGCCGGUCAGAGCGAUCAGAAAGAGAAGGACGGCGACGAGAAGGAGAAAGAAGAGGAAGACGGUGAAUCGAGCGGCAGCGAGAGCGCCGACUCGCGCCCGAACGUGGACCUUUCCCGCGCCCUCCUCACCAGCGUUGCGACGACAAACAUCUCGACACUGCAGCAGGGGCUCCAGAAACUCGCCACGUAUUGGUACGGCGCCGAGUGGAUAGCGGGCACACUGCGGCAGCGAAUCGAGGGUAUUCACGACGUCGACCUCGGACUUGUGCGCGAGAAUUUCGCAUCCUUCUAUUCUCUCCCAGACGCUGGCAUUGCUGGCGUGCCCCACGCAAGGGCCGAUGUGGACCAGGCCACGAGAACGCCAGCGGCGGGACAGGUCGCCGCCUUCAGUGGCGGAUUCACGGGCGACCUUGGCGGAUUCCUCAGUUUGCCGUUUGAUUUGGAGAGUGGACCGGUCACGGAACAAGAGGUCGCUAUAGACCAAGUGCUCCCGCAUUGGGGAUAG